AUGAAAGUUCCUAAAUCGGUCCUACUUGGCUUCACGGCUACUUUCGUGAAUGGUGCAGUUGACUGCACAUUCAGCGCCAUAUCCGAUAUUAUACCCCAAGGCCUUAGCCUCUCUUUUGCUCAGCGUAUCCCUGAAAAUGGAACAUUCACUGUGCCCAAGAAUGAUACAGGGUGGAUAACUGAUCCCAUCAAUCUUCCGGAGCUAUGUGCUAUUGGCGUCAUGGUCCCUGGAGAAACGUCCAAUGCUACCUUCGGUUUUGGUUUAUUCCUUCCUAAGAACUGGAACCAGCGCACACUUACGGUUGGUAAUGGUGGUCUUGCUGGUGGAGUAGAUUGGGUGGAUAUGGUAAUGUUGUCAUACAAAAAGGGCACUGGAGUCAAAUACGGUCAUGCAGUAUUUUCCACAGAUACUGGACAUAAUGGCACAAGCACGGAUGCAACUUGGGCCUAUCAGAAUCCGCAAAGUCAGACAAAUUGGGGGUGGAGGGCUCUGCAUGAGACUGUGGUCUACGGAAAGAAUAUCACAGAAGCAUUUUAUAAUGCCAAGCCGGCCUAUAACUACUACCAAGGCUGCAGUACUGGUGGUCGACAAGGCUUCAAGGAGGCACAGAUGUUCCCUGAUGACUUUGACGGAGUAAUCGCUGGUGCUCCUGCAUGGUGGACUUCUCAUCAACAAAUAUGGCAGGCUUGGCUUGGGUACGUGAACUAUCUGUCUAAUGUCACAGAGAUCCCAGUUUCGAUGUUCGACACAAUUGGCAAGAAAGUGUUGAGGCAAUGCGAUGGUCAAGAUGGUCUUGUUGACACAAUCAUAAUGGACCCAUAUGGAUGCAAUUUCAACUCUGAGACCCUUCUCUGCGCUGCAAAUGUCACAAACACCACUAAUGCGGAUUGCCUCACUGCAUCACAAUUAGGGACUUUGGACACUAUCACUCGAGAUUACAUCGGAGGGAACUCUACCAUAAUUUUCCCGCACUGGCUCCUGGGAUCAGAACAUUUCUGGGAUAUGAAUAUCGACGGAGGAUCACCAAACGUUAUUGGAGUAGGAUAUAUUCAAUAUUUCCUUGGAUUAGGUGCGGACUGGGACUGGAGAAACCUCGACGAAGCAGUCGUUGAAUUAUCAGAGCAGCUUAACGCAGGACAAGCUGAUGCAUCCAACUACGACAUGAGUCCAUUCUUCAAUGCAGGGAAAAAGUUCAUUCACUACCAUGGCCUUAGCGAUGGUGGAAUCGCCACUGGUGCGAGCUUUUACCUGUACGACCACAUCAACCGCGCUGUUAGUCCUCAAGGCAUCGAUCUACACGAAAGUUAUCGCUUCUUCCCAAUACCAGGAAUGGGGCACUGCACAGACACCGCUGACUAUGUCAACGCACCGUAUUAUAUCGCUGGAAUUACUAUGACGAACAAUGGCCAAUAUUCUGUCCCUGGUUACCACGACGCUGAGCACGAUGUUCUAUAUGCCCUCAUGAAUUGGGUCGAGAAUGGAACUGCUCCUGACUAUAUUAUUGGAACGGCAUUCUCAAACUUCACCACACAAGAUAAUAUAACUCGUCAACGUCCUAUUUGCCCAUAUCCACAGCAGGCCAGGUACAAUGAAUCGGGUGACCCAGAUAGCCCUUUUUCCUGGGAGUGCAAGUUGUUGUAUUGA